CCAGCUUGUAUCGUCAUAAGUGGCAUAUCCUGUCCCAUCUGUAGAGGCUGAGGCAUUGGUCAUCUGGUACUGAGCUCGGGUCGCAGGAGGGACCCGGGUAGGGACUCUUUUUCGUAGCGGAGGCCUCCGCCGUUCGGGACGCUGCACGCCAGGGGGAGGUGCUGCGCGUCCAAGAUGGCGGCGCCCUGUAGGCUGGAGGGACUGUGAGGUAAACAGCUGAGGGGGAGGAGACGGUGGUGACCAUGAGAGACACCAGGCUGACAGCACUGGAAACUGAUGUAACAACUGACCCCAGGACAGUCUGGUAGUGGCCCUAAUGAAGAGCUGUCCAAGCCGUUAGCACACGUCCUGGAGCCCACACAGCACAGUUGAGUGAGAGAAUGGCUCAGUUAGCCAACAUUGGGGAGCUACUCUCCAUGCUGGACUCUUCCACACUGGGUGUGCGGGAUGACGUGACAACCAUCUUCAAGGAGUCUCUCAAUUCUGAGCGUGGGCCUAUGCUUGUAAACACCUUGGUGGAUUACUACCUGGAAACCAAUUCUCAGCCGGUAUUGCACAUUCUCACCACCUUACAAGAGCCACAUGAUAAGCACCUCUUGGACAAAAUUAAUGAGUAUGUAGGCAAAGCUGCCACCCGUUUAUCCAUCCUCUUGCUACUGGGCCAUGUUGUGAGACUACAGCCAUCUUGGAAGCAUAAGCUUUCUCAAGCACCUCUUCUGCCUUCUUUAUUGAAAUGUCUCAAGAUGGACACUGAUGUUGUGGUCCUCACAACUGGUGUCUUGGUGUUGAUCACCAUGCUACCAAUGAUCCCGCAGUCAGGGAAGCAGCACCUUCUUGAUUUCUUUGACAUCUUUGGCCGUCUCUCGUCAUGGUGCCUGAAGAAACCAGGCCAUGUGACAGAAGUCUACCUUGUCCAUCUCCAUGCCAGUGUUUAUGCCCUCUUUCAUCGCCUUUAUGGAAUGUACCCUUGUAACUUCGUCUCCUUCCUGCGCUCUCACUAUAGUAUGAAGGAAAAUGUGGAGACUUUUGAAGAAGUGGUCAAGCCAAUGAUGGAGCAUGUGCGAAUUCACCCGGAAUUAGUGACUGGAUCCAAGGACCAUGAACUGGACCCUCGAAGGUGGAAGACAUUAGAAACUCAUGAUGUUGUAAUAGAGUGUGCCAAAAUCUCUCUGGACCCUACAGAAGCCUCGUAUGAAGAUGGCUAUUCUGUGUCUCACCAGCUCUCUGCCUGCUUCCCUCACCGUUCAGCUGAUGUCACCACCAGCCCUUAUGUGGACACACAGAAUAGCUAUGGGUGUGCUACUUCCACCCCUUCCUCCACCUCUCGGCUGAUGCUGAGUCCACCUGGGCAGCUACCUCAGAGUCUGAGUUCCCCAUCAACACGGCUGUUACCUGAGCCGCUGCAAGUAUGGUGCCACUCAGCUACUCUCUGGAGCCCAUCUGUGGUCUGUGGUAUGACCACUCCUCCUACGUCUCCUGGAAAUGUCCCACCUGAUUUGUCACACCCCUACAGUAAAGCCUUUGGUACCCCUGCAGGUGGAAAAGGAACUCCUUCAGGAACCCCAGCAACCUCUCCUCCUCCAGCCCCACCCUGUCCCCCAGAUGACUGUGUGCAUGGUCCCACCUCCCAGGCCUCAGCCACACCCUCCAGGAAGGAAGAAAGAACAGAUUCCUCAAGGCCUUACCUUCAGAGACAGCAUUAUCUUCUGAAUGACCGAGGACUAGAGGAUCUACCUGGAAGCAAAGGUUCUGUUACUCUGAGGAAUCUCCCAUAUUUCUUAGGUGACCUGGCUUCUGAGGAAGACAGUAUUGAGAAGGAUAAGGAAGAAGCUGCGAUAUCUAAAGAGCUUUCUGAGAUCACCACUACAGAGGCGGAUCCUGUAGUUCCUCGAGGAGGCUUUGACUCUCCCUUCUACCGAGACAGUCUCUUGGGUUCUCAUCGGAAGACUCAUUCGGCAGCCUCUGGGACUCAGGGCUCCAGUGUGAACCCUGAGCCUUUGCACUCCUCCAUGGACAAGCAUGGGCCUGACACACCAAAGCAAGCUUUUACUCCCAUAGACCCACCCUCUGGCAAUGCUGAUGCCAGUCCCGCUGGGGACAGAGAUCGCCAGUCUUCUCUGGAGACCAGUAUCCUCACUCCCAGCCCUUGCAAAAUUCCACCUCAGAGGGGAGUGAGCUUUGGAAGUGGGCAGCCUCCUCCAUAUGAUCAUCUCUUUGAGGUGGCCUUGCCAAAGACUGCCUGUCACUUUGUCAGCAAGAAGACUGAGGAACUGUUGAAGAAAGUGAAAGGAAACGCUGAGGAAGACUGUGUGCCCUCUACCUCCCCGAUGGAAGUACUGGACAGACUGAUAGAGCAGGGAGCAGAUGCACACAGCAAGGAGCUGAGCAAGUUGUCCUUACCCAGCAAGUCUGUUGACUGGACCCACUUUGGAGGCUCUCCUCCCUCAGAUGAGAUCCGCACCCUCCGAGACCAGCUGCUUUUGCUGCACAAUCAGCUGCUGUAUGAACGGUUCAAGCGGCAGCAGCAUGCACUCAGGAACAGAAGGCUCCUUCGCAAGGUGAUCCGAGCAGCCGCUCUGGAGGAGCACAAUGCAGCAAUGAAAGAUCAGCUGAAGUUACAAGAGAAAGACAUCCAGAUGUGGAAGGUGAGUCUGCAGAGAGAACAAGCCCGAUACAGUCAGCUUCAGGAGCAGCGUGACACCAUGGUGACCCAACUGCACAGCCAGAUCAGACAGCUGCAGCAUGACCGGGAGGAGUUCUACAACCAGAGUCAGGAGUUACAGACAAAGCUGGAGGACUGCAGGAACAUGAUUGCGGAGCUGCGGGUGGAGCUGAAAAAGGCCAACAACAAGGUGUGCCACACCGAGCUGCUGCUCAGCCAGGUUUCUCAGAAGCUCUCCAAUAGUGAGUCGGUGCAGCAGCAGAUGGAGUUCUUGAAUAGGCAGCUCCUGGUGCUUGGGGAGGUCAAUGAGCUGUACUUGGAGCAGCUGCAGAGCAAGCAUCCUGACACCACCAAGGAAGUAGAAAUGAUGAAAACUGCAUACCGGAAAGAACUAGAAAGAAACAGAAGCCACCUUCUCCAGCAGAAUCAGAGGCUGGAUGCCUCACAGAGGCGAGUUUUGGAACUGGAAUCUCUUUUGGCCAAGAAAGACCACCUUCUCCUAGAACAGAAGAAAUACCUUGAGGAUGUCAAGAGCCAGGCGAGUGGACAGCUACAGGCUGCAGAGGGCAGGUAUGAGGCUCAGAGAAAGAUCACCCGAGUGUUGGAGCUGGAGAUCCUAGACUUGUAUGGCAGGUUGGAGAAAGAUGGCCGCUUACAGAAACUAGAAGAGGACAAAGCAGAGGCCGCUGAAGCAGCAGAGGAGAGGCUUGACUGUUGUAGUGAUGGCUGCUCAGAUUCCUUGGUAGGACAUAAUGAAGACGCUUCUGGCCACAACGGUGAGACCAGGACCUCCAGGCCUAGUGGCACCCGGGCCAACUGUGGAGGUAGAGUCACUGGAGGUGGCAGCAGCAGCAGCAGCAGUGAGCUUUCCACUCCAGAAAAACCCCCGAGCCAGAGGUUCAGCAGCCGGUGGGAAACCGCCAUGGGAGAGCCCUCCAGCAGCAUCCCUACGACUGUUGGCUCACUUCCUAGUUCCAAAAGCUUCUUGGGCAUGAAGGCCCGGGAGCUGUUCCGUAAUAAGAGUGAGAGCCAGUGUGAUGAGGAUGGCUUGACCAUCAGUAGCCCUUCUGAGACCCUAAAGACAGAACAGGGUAAAGACUUGGGCAUGGAAAACAAGACUCCUCUGAGUCUAGACGCCCCACACCCAUCUUCCCCAAACUUGGACAGUAUGGGGCAGCUCCAUAUCAUGGACUACAAUGAGACUCAUCAUGAGCACAGCUGAGGAGGGUCUGUCAGUGUUAAUUUGCGUCUUUGUCGGCACAGAACAGGAGGUGUGAAUGCACGUUCUAGGCUUUUCUGUUUCCGGGGUCUGAGCAGCUGCUUCUGUGGUGGAAAUGGGACAGGUCCUUUUGACAGAGGGUGGGAUGUGGGAUGAUGGUUUUUGAGUCUGGCAUUGAGACGCUUUCCUUCACCCCACCCCAGCCUCUUUCAUUUACCCAGCAGUAUGUACUAAUUGAGGGCCUGUGUGUGUCCCUUGUAGCUUUAUUUUCUUCCUUCUCCCACCAAAUGGUUGUGUCAUUCGAACCUGUGCAAUAUGAGGCCAAAUUUCAUCUUUGGGUCCAACACACCACUCUUGCUUUCCUGAGGUUCAGAUAACUGGGUUGGCUCUUGGGUAGACCAGGCAGUUAGUGGCACUGCAGGUAAGUCCAGUUUUGUCCCUUCCAGGAGGGUGUAGCUUAAAAAGCUGAUUGCCUUUACAGGAGCAUUUUCAUUGGUUUUUGGUUCUAAAGUUCAGCAUCUAGCCACAGAUCUAGAGAAACUAGCCCAUUCAGCUCUGCCUUUUCUUGGCAGCUCUGAUGUGCUUCCUGGAAGGGUCUGUGAGAAUACCAGUUGUUUUGACAGUGUAGUUGGCGCUGUGGAGCCACUCUGCCUUACUCUCUGGAAAGCUCUUACCCCUCUACCCCACUACCUCUUAUUUAUUUGGUAUUUGCUUGAAUGCUGGCACCAUGCUGCCUGUGGGUGGGUGUGUGGGUGGUCGUCCUGCAGUGGAGAGUGGUUGCUGAGAGGGGCACCCAGGAUUCAUGCAAAUGUGCAAGUAUGCAUCUGCCUGGCCCUGCCCAGCUGAACCAUGGUUCCACCCUGCAUGCAGCCUGUUUGCCUCCCCUUGGGUCCAUUUGGUCGCCUUGGGUCCAGCUGCUUUGUGAUGCUGUGGCAGACAGGCUCAGAAGAGUUGGAGUUUACUUAGAGCUUAUGUGAUGAUCGUCGUUGGGCUGAGGGUUGCCGCACCACAGUAGGUUCUAGCAGCUUUUUACACCAAUUCUGACUUUGCAGGAGAGACUCGCCAUGAAGCUUCAUGUCGAACACUUCUGUUAGGAACAGUAGAGCAACUCAGAGUCUGAUAAAGGCCAGUGGCCUAUGUCCACUGCCUGCUCUCAUGCUCACAAGAGAUGACAUCGGUCACAGUCAGAACACAGUGGUGGCAGAGUCCAAACUCAACAAUGCUCCUGAAAUAAAUGCUGGAAGUGUAAGAGUUGUUGCCUGAUAUUCCGGCCUAGGCAAGGAGAGACUUGGGAAGGAGCCAUGAGCUUGGUUUUCUUAUUUCUAUUCUGUCUCAUAUAUGAAGAACAGAAGGUUUAGUUAGGACAAAGCUACAAAACCUAAUGGUAUGAAAUCUUAGUACAUAUGAAAGUUUCCAGCCUGAGGAUGAAAGUCUUUCUUAAGGGUGCAGUAAAUAUUCUAGCAUCCUUAAGUAAGGUGAGACUCCAUGUCACCAUGGCAGUGCUGGCUGGAGACCUGUCAGGGCCAUUAUCUCUGCUGUAGCUGACUGACAGCCAGCCCAUAGGAAAGAGUGCCACUGACCAAUCUCAGACCAGCAGAGGGCAGCCAUUGCCCCUGGACACUCAGAGUGUGGGUAUCAGGAUGCCAUGCUUUUCAUUUAGCUUUGCCCAAAGGAAAGCUUAAAAACCAGUGUUCUGUCACCCGAUCAAUUGUAGAAAGGGCCAGGAGAACAUAUUGUGGGAGAAAGAUCUCACAGGUUAAUGGUAGACACUGCUCCUAAGAGUUGAUCCCACCACCACCAAGAUCUGUGACAGAGAACAAAACCCUUUUCACUACAUCAGAAAACAAAACAAAACAAAACAAAACAAAACAAAAAACCUUACAGACUGCAUGGGUGAUGAAGUUUAGGAAGAAGAGGUGGCAGCAUGGUAAAUUAGACUAAAGUAUAGGCUGGCAUCUCCAUAGACUACGCGUGGGCCUCAGCACUUUCCUCCAGCCUGGCUGUUCCUACACCCAAUGACAGAACCUGAGCAUCCUCUGUGGUUUGAGCCCCAGAAGGCUGUUAAGGCUUUUUUCAGCUAAGGUUGCGGCACUGCAACCCAGAUUUAUCUUGAGGGUACCCAACCUAAACAUUGGCUCUUUUCAAAGGACUCCAAGAUAUAAUGGAUGGUUGGGUGUAUUUAGCAGUAACAGCAUCUGGGGGCCAUUGGGUCACCUGAUGCUGCUGCAGGCAGGAGGGAAGCUUUUGAGAGGCAGCUGAGGCCUAGGCCAAGGUUUUAGAAUGGUAGGUGUCAUGGGUAGCCUGGUAUGUGUGAACAUUGGGGUUGAGUGGCCUCCAUCCUUUAAUCACUUGGAGUGUGUGUUGUGGUUGCCAAUGGGCCCCAAGGAGACUGGAGGCUGUGUCCCUUGCAGUCUGGAAUCUGUUAGAGGUAGCCCUACAAUAUCACUGGGUUAGAGGAGCAGGCCAGUGUCCAGGAGGAGCUAAGCAUACAUCUCUGUCUGAUAUCCCUCCCUGAGGUCUGUCAGAAUUUGCUUUGGGAGCAAGAGCAAUAUGAGUGUGAACAUGUCCUCCCUGGAGCCGGCAGCACAGCUGCCAGGGCCGAGUGCUGGCCUCAGUAGCUUUUCUGACCCUUUUAGGAAGAAAGGUGUAUUUUUCUGGACUAAGCUGCAGAAGGUUCCAACUGUGUGUGACAUGGUUAGCAAGGAGUCACUCUUCUGAGAAAGUAAACUGUCACUGCACUGGAAAAGUCCAGGAAGCCACCAAGCACUUCCCAGGGUGGUGGCAGCACCAUAGGUGGCAAGCCACAGACUCGGGGCCACUUGCAGCAUAUGGGGGCUCUAGUGCUCUGAGAAGGAGAAAAUAUUAGCAGUUGAAUGGUUGGAAUAAAAGGACCACAGAGCUCAGGUUGGCAGUGAGCAUAGAAAGUGAGGAAGGUGUAACAACUGAAGUAUAGUGAGACCCGCCAGUGGGAACCUACCACUUGAAGAGCAAACAGAAGUACUGUAGGAAGGUGCUGUUUUCCUCAGUGAGCAGUGAGGGUGGGAGACACUGAACAAGCUGGUGGAGGUGCAGGCAUUGCCCAGGCUCAGCCUGUGCUGCAACACAUGGAGUCUGCCUCAGCCAGAGGCCAGUGGCCCUGCACACCUUCAGAUGGCAGCCUGCAUCUGCCGCACCUUUAUGGUUAGCCCACGGUGUAAAUCCACUACUGUGUAGAUUGGAAAACAGAUCCAGUGUGAUGAUGUUGGUGUCCCUGCGUACAUCCAGAGGUCUGUGGCAUGUGCCUCCAUCCUCCCCCAGUUUGAUGCAGAGUCACUGGUUGCCCUGCGGAUAGCCUGUGUAGGUAAAAAUGGGAACGGAUCCCUGGGCUGCUGCUGUGACCCUUGUUCUCAUUCAGCUUCCCAGUCAAUGAGUCUCCAUUGUGUCCAGGGCAGCAGUGUUUCUAUCUCUGUGUCACCCUGCACUUUUAGUAUAGAGAAGCCUUUGCAGCUACAAUGGAGACUGCACCCCGACCACUUUUGGUCUUAUAAUGAAAUUAAUGGGGGCUGAGAAGUGCCCUGUCCUUCCCCGAGCCCCAGUUUUAUCCACCUUUGGAUAGGUAGGCUGCCUGAGCCACUGGAGGAGGUCUUCACAGGACCCCUGGAGUUUAAGAGCUCCCGCCCAACCCCUCUUCCUGCUCCACCUCACACAGUGUUGGAAGGGAGGGGAAUAUGAUGCUGUUUGUUAGCUCUGGUGGAUCAGAGGCAGGCAGGCAGGCAGGCAGGCAUUUUUGCACUAGGAAGAUUCAGUGGUCACUCUUCAUGAGACUGUGGACCACAAACACAUUAUGGAGGAGCAGGUUUUGCUAAGACAUAGUUUAGUUUUAUAAUCAAUCAUGGAUGAACCAUAUACAGCUAACUUGGAGUUUAAGGGGGGAGGGUUCCCAUCAGUGAACAUGAAUCAGAUUUUUAAAAAAAAACUUUAGUUCAGUGGAAGUCGCCUCUUCUCAAAAGGUUUAAACGUCCCCACUAUGAUCUUAAAAGCAUGUCAAACAAUCCGCAUCAGAUGCCAUAGAUACAGGCUGCAGGAGAACAUGGUACAGUCAGUGAAUGGAAUAAAGGUUUGCUGUCCUUAGAAUGUUCUAAAAUGUCAAGGCAGUUGCUUGUGUUUAACUGUGAACAAAUAAAGAUUUAUUGUUUUGCACUCCUCA